UCAAAAUGGCCGCCUGUCAAUUUGAACCCAAACAGUAAACAAGGAAUUCCAACUAAAACCCGAAUAUUAAACAGUAAUUCCUUUAAUAAUUUAAUAAAAUAGCGUAUCCCCUAAGGUAAUAAUAACUCAUCCCUCACUAAUAUUAACUUACCAUACUAAACGAAAAUGAGUGACGAAUUGCAGAACUACCAGUUGCAGCUGCAGCAAGUGGAGGCGGCCCUCCUCACCGAUCCCAACAAUGAGGAACUGAAAAAACUGAAAAUAGACCUCGAGGAGGUGAUCGACCUCACUUUAGACCUGAAAAAUAAGGCGGAGGAGGCGGCCAAUUUGCCCGAUUACACCGAGGAGGUGCGAGUGAUCGACGAGGAGGACGAAAUCACCAGAUCCUUACUGGCGGUCGAGGAGUUCGUCGCGAAAAAUAAAGCGAAGAAAAUAUGGCGGGUCGGGGACGUUUGUAUGGCGAAAUGGAGCGAGAACGGACAAUAUUACGAGGCGAAAAUAGACGCGAUCGCGGCCGACGGUACCGUAAACGUGACCUUUGAGGCGUUUAAAAACAGGGGCCUCGCGGUCUUGGCGGAACUGAAAGAGUAUACGGGGGUCAAGAAGACCCAGAGCAGCGAUCAGCAUAAAAAAACGAAAAUAAACAAGGAAUAUUUAAAGAAGAAAAAGUUGAAGAAGCAACAGAGAUUUAAGGAACUCGAGGAGGAGCGAGAGCAAGACAAAAAGAAAUGGCUGGCGUUUGCCAAUAAGGCCAUAAAAACGAAGAAAACCGGGCUGCAGACUAAAAGUAUUUUCGCCUCGCCUGAAUCGGUCAAUGGGAGGGUGGGGAUCGGCACUUGUGGCAUCAGCGGGAAACCCAUGACCGAAUUUUCUACAGCGGAAAAGUGGAGGAAAAAAGAUUGAGACAGUAUAGGGAUCACUUCAAAGUAUACAUAAUAAAAUCAGAAGACAUGUUGUAAAGUAGCAUUUAAGAUAAUUAAAGUUUUUAUUUAAGA